GCACACAAACCAUUCACAUCUAUGGGCAAUUUAGUGUCUUUGAACUGUACCAGAGUACCCUGAGGAAACCUAUGUGUACACAGGGAGCACGUGCAAACUCCACACAGAAAGGCCCAGGCUGCAUUCAAACCCAGAACCUUCUUGCUGUCAGGCAACACUGCUACCAACCGCACCGCCUGCCAAGCAUCUUCAUGCAUUCAAAAAAUAAUUAUAUUUUGGUUGAGAAAAAACCUUCCACUUCCACUGUGUUUGAGCUUCUGUCACUUUCUUAGAGAACAGAGUAAUUCAGACUGUUCACUCUCAAGGGUUACUUUUCAGAAGAGACCAGAAUUAUGACUGUAAUAAAAAUAGUUCUAGAAUACUAGACAUUUUAUUUUUGGCUAUGUCAUUUUCAGGCUUGAGUUAAAUUUUUUUUAUAAAGAAUCUAAAAAAUUUCUAUUAAAAAAAAUAAUUACAGAGAUAGAACCGAGGGUUUGAUUGAUUAACAGUUUUUUUUUUUGUAGUGAAAACUGAAUGAAUGCAAGGGGAAAAAAGUACAGACAAAAAGAAAUAUUUUGACUAUAUUGUUACCAUUGACUUACAUUGAAAGGGGUGGCUGUAUGUACUGGAGCCAACUGCUCUGGCGCUUGUGUGCAACAUAUCUCAACAAGACCAGGAAGUGUGCUUCAAAAACAAAGCCCAGUUUUGGCCGCUUGUUGUUUGACUCAAAUUUUGUACAUGAUGUAAGAAAAUUCAACACUCUUCCGAUCAUGACAAAGAGCUGAUAAAGUUCAUUCAAAGUAUGGAAGCAGUGACAGUGAGACAGUGAUAAGAUCUUGCAAAGCUUUCACGCACAAGUGCUUCAAAGGGUUUGUGGAGUCAACUGAACAACCUUAUUAGGACUGAAUGGCUUUAAAUACCUUUUAUGAGACAUUGCUUUCUGGGGUGAGAAACAGAAAUGCAUGUUUAAAAUAAUGUGAUUUGAUGUAAGUAAGCUGGUGCCUGGCCUCAAUAAAUCAAUCAGUCUGCCAAUCGAUAGGUUGUCCUAUGUUCCAGCGGCCAAGCCAGGAAACAGACUAUUGUAGCGUUAAUAAAGUCUCCUUGUUUGGAAUAGUUUCUGAUUACCCACUCCCAGUUGCUGUUCUAUAACUGUGUAUCGUGACAAUUAGUGACGAGUUCUGGCUUAUGCUAAUGAGCUGCAUUGUCCUGAUGAUAAAUGACCAAAACUAUCUGGGUGGCAGCAUGGUUGAUUUGCCAGAGUUUGAGACUUGAGAGGAUAAUUUUACAGAAGCUUCCAAAGAAAGUUCUUGUUUGUUUUUGGUUCGUAUGAGUAUGUGUGAGAUCAUUUCCUGUGCCAUUAAAAUACACAGAGGUGUGUAGGGAGCGGAAACGAUAUGAGACAUCAGCUGCAAGCAUGAGAGUAUUGUUAGCAUAGAGUAGGUAUGUGAGAGGAUACAAAAGUGUAAUAGGUGGGAUUAACACCAAGCUUCAUGGAUGUGCAAAAUUAAACACCAGAUAGUCCUAAAUAUUACGGAUUAUAAAGCCUUGGCUCAAAUAUAUGGCAAAUGUUGAUGAUGGUCAUUUUGAUGGUUUUCGGGUGUUACUGAAUCUCUGUUUUCACUAGUUGUGUCAUGCUAAUUUUCCCGUCUCACCUUCACGUCCUCUUCAGCUUCCUUCCUCCUCCACAGCACCUGAACCCCCAAAAAAUCCUCUUGUGUCCAUGUCUGUCAUGUACAAGAAUUACAACUGACAGGUGGAAAGUCCCAAUAUCUGUAUGGUCAUAGUCAUAUAUAGAGCCCUCACUAACUUAUAGCCUGACCAUCUUCCUGUCAUGUCACAGCAGUAUCUGGCCUGAGCUACAAUGCUACAGACCACACGAACACUCACAAAGUAGGCACAAAGCAGAGACAACGGAAAGAACCUUCUUUGGCAGUUCAGACAAUGGAUGCAUCGGCAGUCUCAAACAGUUCAGAGGGUUCUUACACUGGACUUGUUUAUUCAGACCGUGCUGUGUACAGUGUGAUGGGACACACCUCACUCAACAGCCCAAGAGCUCAGCACACCGAGAGAAGCGGACAAAGCUCGCAUCCCUACAGACUGGCUGCAGUGUGUCUGGGGCUGCUGUGUGCUCUCUUACUGGCUGCCACAUCAGUCCUGUGUGUCCUCUACCUGAUGGAGCAUGGAGCCAAUAAAAUCAUAAAUGAAGAGAAAGACCAGCUACAGAGAGACUACAAUCUCCUGAAACAAGAGAAAGACCAGCUACAGAGAGACUACAAUCUCCUGAAACAAGAGAAAGACCAGCUACAGGGAGACUACAAUCUCCUGAAACAAGAGAAAGACCAGCUGCAGACAGACUACAACAGCCUGAAACAAGAGAAAGACCAGCUACAGAGAGACUACAACCACCUGAAACAAGAGAAAGACCAGCUCCAGAGAGACUGCAAUCUCCUGAAACAAGAGAAAGACCAGCUACAGAGAGACUACAAUCUCCUGAAACAAGAGAAAGACCAGCUACAGAGAGACUACAAUCUCCUGAAACAAGAGAAAGACCAGCUGCAGACAGACUACAAUCUCCUGAAACAAGAGAAAGACCAGCUGCAGACAGACUACAACAGCCUGAAACAAGAGAAAGACCAGCUACAGAGAGACUACAACCACCUGAAACAAGAGAAAGACCAGCUCCAGAGAGACUGCAAUCUCCUGAAACAAGAGAAAGACCAGCUACAGAGAGACUACAAUCUCCUAAAACAAGAGAAAGACCAGCUACAGAGAGACUACAAUCUCCUGAAACAAGAGAAAGACCAGCUACAGAGAGACUACAAUCUCCUAAAACAAGAAAAAGACCAGCUACAGAGAGACUACAAUCUCCUAAAACAAGAGAAAGACCAGCUACAGAGAGACUACAACCACCUGAAACAAGAGAAAUGCCAGCUACAGAGAGACUACAAUCUCCUAAAACAAGAGAAAGACCAGCUCCAGAGAGACUGCAAUCUCCUGAAACAAGAGAAAGACCAGCUACAGAGAGACUACAAUCUCCUAAAACAAGAAAAAGACCAGCUACAGAGAGACUACAAUCUCCUAAAACAAGAGAAAGACCAGCUCCAGAGAGACUGCAAUCUCCUGAAACAAGAGAAAUGCCAGCUACAGAGGGACUACAAUAGCCUGAAACAAGAGAAAGACCAGCUACAGAGAGACUACAAUAGCCUGAAACAAGAGAAAGACCAGCUACAGAGAGACUACAACAGCCUGAUACAAGAGAAAGACCAGCUACUGAGAGACUACAACCACCUGAAACAAGAGAAAGACCAGCUACUGAGAGACUACAACUGCCAGAAACAAGAGAAAGACCAGCUACAGAUAUACUACAACUGCCUGAAACAAGAGAACGGCCAGCUACUGAGAUACUACGGUGCAGGAUUGAGCAGAGUCUCCUGUUGCAUCCAGUACUACCCCUUCAGAUGUUUUGUUUGAUUUUUAUUGAUUUCAGGUACAUGUCUUUCCUGUGUUACAUUUUUCUCCUGUAUCAGAGGAGCAAAGCUCAUCGGCUAAGAUGCUCAUAAAUAACACAGCAGAUGAAGCGUAAAAAAAAUUUUUUCAUGCAUUUUUAAAGACAAAAUGUGUUUCGCUGCAUUCAGUAGUUGUGGAUCAGAUACUUGUAUCCACACUAUGCAUCUGAAAAUGCAUUUGCAUUUUGUGCAAUUCUUUUUUGCAAUUCUCAAUGUCAAUAAAAUAAUAAUGUUCAUUACAGCCACACUGACUGUAGAAGGUAGAUUUAUGCCCAAAUGUGUAUGAUGUAAAGCUGUAUUAUGUGUCUGCAUUACACUGUAUCAAUAGCAGCAGAGUGUUUGCCUUUUAGCCUGUUAAACAUUUCAUGUUGCCCCUGUGAAAUAGUUUCGUGUUUGUUUACGCUUCCGCAUAUCAGAGUUAAGUUUAAAUAAAUGACAAAAUGUUUUAUAGUGUUACUAUUUUGCCUUGUUCUUUCCUAAAAAAGAGAAUUUAAAAAACAUUUUGUCAUUUCAUUGAGUAAUUAAAGCAUUGAAAAGCCAUACUCGUUAUUUAACCUCAUUAUUGAAAGGACGUUUGGAUUUCUGUGUCUCUGGAGAAAAUGUAUUCAGAUGGAAGUCAACUAAGUACAUGCAGUAGUGAGCAGAUUAUUCUAGUCAAUGUUUGAGGUAAUUUCCUGUGUACUGUUUUUAAUGUUGCUUUCCAGUUUGGAGAUAACACAGUUUAGCGUGAGAUUAAUCAUCAUAGCAUCGCAAUAAAAAGCAAAAAUGUUUGAAAAUCAUUUUAUAAUGCAUUCAGUCAUAUUUAAUACAGUGUAUGACAUCAUAAAACUGCAGCCUUUACAGGUUAGCACAACAUAUAAUAACAUUAAGAGGUUUCAAUCAUCAAACUCUUUGGAGGAUUUGUCCAUUUUGGGGCCCAAUCAUAGCUCAGUUUUGGAGCCACCAAAACUCCCCUGUCAGUGUGUGGACAAAGCCAUUUACUUUAAAAGUUACAGUGCAUUGCCGUAUAUUUUGUCAUAUUGCCCAAAUGCAUUGUUUGUUUUUUGACUUAGAGGAAGACGUCUACACUGUCCAUUAAAACAGUCUUUUAACCUGAGCAUAGUGUGCUCCAGUGUUCCUUAUUUUGGACCAGUCCCCGAGAAGUGUGUGUAAAAUGUACUUAUAUAUUAAUUAAAAUAUUUUAUCUAAAUGUGAGAUGUCAUGACUCAAUUUACUUCAUAAGUUUUUAUAUAUGCGUAAAAGACCCAGCAGCAAAAAUAUACCAGCAGCAUAUUUUUGAGUACAUUGUGAAGACAAUGUACUCAAGUCACAGGAACAUAUUAGGAUUGGAAAAGAAAAGACUCACACGCUUGCUUGAUGCUCCAAAAAAUGGGAUAAUAGUAUUUAUUUACCCAUGAGAAUGGUUAACAUAAUAAUUAAUUAAUUAAUAAGAGCGAGUGGGCAAGUCUUUUCUUUUCCAAUCCUGAGUGUUCAUUUAAGACGGAGUAAAUCCAAAAAUAAAGAAUCAUAACCACCAUGUUGACUGUAUAGAUUUGUAUGUUUUUUGUGUAAACCUGAAAUAAGCAGCUGUGGCUAGCUGUGCAUUCAAGGUGCGUCUGCAUUACACAGACUCCAGGGCAACAGAGCGCUUGACCUGUUAAACACGGCCCUCUGUCCCAGUCAGAUAGUUUUUGUCAGUUUGCUUAUUCAUCUGUGCAUCAGUCUGAUGCUGAAAUAAAUUUCUAUUUUAUAGUCUGACCAUUUAUCAUCCAUUUCUUCCUUCCUUGACCCCAGUAUUCCCUCACAUAAAGAAAAAAACAUUAUUUACUGUUUAUGUUGAGCAGUUUAAACAUCAAGAAAAAACCAUAGAAGUGCCUUUUGACUUUGGGUGUAUCUAGAUUAAGUUUACCAACAGCCAGUUAGAUCAGUCACUAUUUGUGAGGUGACUUCCGGUGUACCACUUCACACACUGCUGUC